AAAGCAACAUGGUAGAAAUGUGAUGUUAGCGGCUAACAUCGCUACAUUUAAAAGGGUUACAGAACUUGUAUUAAAAGAGUCACUUGCUCCAAAACGGACUAAAAUAAUUAAAAUACAUAUAUUCGGUUUAUCGCACAUACGCGGUGUUGAUUUUGUGGUCAACUGAUGUCUAAAAUCCCCACCUGAAAUGUCCAAACCUGCACUUUUUUCUCUUCAUCAAGCCCUGAGGAAGAGCUUCCAGAGUCUUGAGAACAAUCAGAAAGUAUGGACGAGUGUGUUGGCGGAGUGCAGCCCUCUGAUGGCGUCUCUCGGGAACUUGGCGGAGCAGUUGCGAGCGCUUUCCAAUGUCCAAAUUUCCAACACACCGCUCAGAGACUUUCCUGACCUCGAGGAGCGUCUCCGUUUCAAGCUGUCACUGGCCAUGGACACAGUGCUGGGUAAACUCAAUGAGAAGAUGUCUUCUCUACAGUCUGUGAAAGACUCCAUCAGUAACCAGGUCUCUGCAGUCUUUCAGCUCUACGAGCAGAACAAAGACAGUCUGGAUCUGCUCGCUGUGACCGAGCGCUCGGCCGUCGUCCCGUCAGUCUCUGACAUGCUGGAGUGGCUGCAGGAUGCCGAGCGUCACUAUCGACAACAAUUUCUGAGGAGGAAGACUCUGCUGCAGACUCUGAGGGCAGAUCAUCUCUCCCCUUUAGAAUCUGCUCCCAAAAGAUGGAAAUCCCUCGAGUCUCCCAGCGCAGAAGAGCGUAUCACAGAUACACUUUGCAAAGUGUCCUUCUUUAUCGAGUGCCAGUGACGAGAGUAAAAGCAACAUAACUGGAACUCUGACCAGCGUCUGAAUCUGACUGCAUUUCUAUAAAGUGUCUGGAAGAGAAGAGCAGGACUGUUAAAGGAAUAAUGUGCACACAAUCAACUUUACCUCAGGUGGACGCAUUUCCUGUGGAUCUUAUCGAAAGGACUGGAUUUUUAUUUUGUCUUUUAAAUGUCUUUGGGCAUGUUCUUACAGGGCUUGAAAUACUUUUUUUCAGUGCGUUGAUGCAUGUAACUUUUAAAAUUAUAUGCACCAUUUUUUUUAACUGCACCAUUUGGAGUAUUUAUCCUUCUUUCUCAGCACUUCCAACAUAGAAGCUGCCGAAUCCACUAAAAUAAAUUCAAGUCAACUGCUGUGAAA